GCAAACCAGCCUUUGAACCGUCACUCCGGACAGAAUCACUUAAUUGACUGAACUGCAUAUUUUCCCUGGAAUCAAACAGAAAACAGCAUCGCCUCCAUUUUCCCUGAAACCAAACUCACUUAACAAAUGGACUCCCUCAAGUCUACCUUCCUCUCCAGCACAACCCAUCUCUACCCUUCAUUUCCCCUCUCAAAACUGCCCACAACGAACCCCAAAAUCCCCAUACACUCCUCAAUCCACCCGGACCCGUUUACCCUCAGCGACGGCAACCCAACACAACCGAAACCCAAAUCCAGAAACCCAAAAAAACCCCUCUCCGACGACAACGCGCGUCGAAUUAUAAACAAAAGGGCCCAAUAUUUGAGCGUGUUGAGGCGUAACCAAGGGCCACGCGCCAUGACUCCGAAAUGGAUAAAGAGAACCCCUGAGCAGAUGGUAAAGUAUUUGGAAGAUGAGAGGAAUGGGGAGUUGUAUGGGAAGCAUGUCGUGGCGGCGAUAAAGGCGGUGAGAGGGAUGGGAGAGAGCAGAGAAGGGGAAGUUGAUGUGAGGAGGGUGAUGGGGAGUUUUGUUGGGAAGUUGAGCUUUAGGGAAAUGUGUGUGGUUUUGAAAGAACAGAAGAAUUGGAGGCAGGUUAGGGAUUUCUUUGCUUGGAUGAAGUUGCAGUUAUGCUAUCGCCCGAGUGCUAUUGUUUAUACAAUUGUGUUACGUGCUUAUGGGCAAGUUGGGAAAAUCAAACUGGCUGAACAGACCUUCCUGGAGAUGCUUGAAGCGGGGUGUGAACCUGAUGAAGUUGCUUGUGGUACCAUGUUGUGUACAUAUGCUAGAUGGGGGCGUCACAAGGCUAUGUUGUCCUUUUAUUCUGCCGUUCAAGAAAGGGAAAUUACACUCUCAACUGCUGUUUACAAUUUUAUGCUGUCUUCUUUGCAAAAGAAAUCACUCCAUGAAAAGGUCAAAGAUUUAUGGAGGCAAAUGGUAGAUAAAGGGGUGGCACCUAAUAGGUUCACUUAUACUGUAGUAAUCAACUCACUUGUUAAAGGGGGGAUUUUUGAAGAGGCUGUCAAGACUUUUGAUGAGAUGAAGAAACAUGACUUUGUCCCUGAGGAAGCAACUUAUAGCCUGCUUAUUAGUUCACACACUAAAGAUGGUAACUGGCAGGAUGCACUAAGAUUAUAUGAAGACAUGAGAUCCAGGGGAAUAGUUCCAAGCAAUUACACAUGUGCAUCACUUUUAACUUUGUAUUAUAAGAAUGAAGAUUAUUCAAAAGCUCUAUCUCUUUUUACAGAGAUGGAAAGAAAUAAAAUUGGAGCUGAUGAAGUUAUAUAUGGCUUGCUUAUUAGAAUAUAUGGAAAACUUGGGCUUUAUGAGGAUGCCCUGAGAACAUUUGAAGAGAUUGAGCGGCUUGGCCUACUUAGUGAUGAGAAAACAUAUUUAGCAAUGGCACAAGUCCAUCUUAAUUCAGGAAAUGCUGAGAAAGCUCUAGCUGUUAUUCAAAUAAUGAAGUCUAGAAACAUUUGGUUCUCAAGAUUUGCUUAUAUUGUUUCAUUGCAAUGUUAUGUCAUGAAUGAAGAUCUGGAUUCUGCUGAAGCUACAUUUCUGGCUCUAGCUAAGACUGGACUUCCAGAUACUGGUUCUUGCAAUGACAUGCUCAGAUUGUAUAUAAGACUCAACUUGACUGAAAGUGCCAAGAAUUUUAUUGUCCAGAUAAGGAAAGAUCAAGUAGUUUUUGAUGAGGAGCUUUAUCGGGCAGUUGUAAGAAUAUAUUGCAAGGAGGGAAUGCUAGAAGAAAUUGAGCAAUUGACUAAAGAGAUGGGCACUAAUGAUUCAUACAAAGAUAACAAGUUUAUUCAAACAUUUUUUAGAGCUAUGUGUGGAGAAUACAUGGGAAAUCAGAAAGUUAAAGUCAAUGUGGCCUCCAACCAACUUGAUACCACAGCUCUUGGAUGCUUACUUAGGCUCUAUUUGGAAUGUAAGGAUUUCGGUAAGAUGGAGGAAAUAUUGAAGUUGUUGCUUGAGACUGCCAAUAGCAUGUCUGUAUUGACUCAACUUGCUAGCAACUUAAUGAAAGAAGGUGAUAUAUCCAAAGCAAAAGCUUUUAAUGAUCAAGUGGUCAAGCUAAGUUGCAGUGGGGAUGAUGCAACAAUGGCGUCUAUGAUUGGUCUAUAUGGGAAGGAACAGAAGCUAAAACAGGCCCGAGAUGUCUUCACUGCAGUUGCAGAUUCUUCCACUUGCGGGAAAUUGAUAUAUAACUCAAUGAUUGAUGCAUAUGUUAAAUGUGGUAAACCUGAGACGGCAUAUUCACUGUUCAAGGAAGCAAACAAGAAAGGGCAUGAUCUCGGUGCUGUUGCCAUAAGCAAAGUUGUAUACUCUUUGACUAAUUUUGGAAAACAUCAGGAGGCAGAAGAGUUGAUACGUGUUAGUUUUCAGGAUAAUUUGGGACUUGAUACUGUGGCAUACAAUACAUUUAUCAAGGCAAUGCUAGAAGCAGGUAAAUUACGUUUUGCAACCAGCAUUUAUGAGCGUAUGCUUUCCAUGGGAGUUGCUCCAUCAAUUCAGACAUAUAACACAUUGAUUAGUGUCUAUGGACGAGGUCGUAAGCUGGACAAGGCGGUUGAGACGUUCAACAUGGCUCGCAACUUGGGCAUCGCUUUGGAUGAGAAGGCAUAUAUGAAUCUUAUUUGCUAUUAUGGGAAGGCUGGUAAGAGGGAUGAAGCUUCCUCCUUGUUCAGUAAAAUGCAAGAAGAAGGGAUAAUCCCAGGAAUGGCAAGCUACAAUAUUAUGAUGAAUGUAUAUGCCAGUGCUGGACUAUGUGAUGAAGUUGAGAAACUUUUUGAAGCCAUGCAGAGAGAUGGUUGCUCGCCUGACUCCUUCACCUAUCUUUCCCUUGUUCAGGCUUAUACUGAGUGUUUGAAAUAUGCAGAAGCAGAGCAAACUAUUAAAUCUAUGCAAAAAAGGGGCAUCCCCCCAACCUGUGCUCAUUUUAAUCACUUACUGUAUGCUUUUGCAAAAGUAGGGAUGACGAGGGAAGCAGAGAGGGUUUAUGGGGAGCUAGUAACAGCUGGUCUAAGUCCUGACCUGGCAUGUUAUCGCACCAUGCUGAGAGGUUACAUUGACUAUGGAUUAGUGGAAGAAGGCAUAGACUUUUUUGAGCAGAUCAGGGAUACUGCAGUGCCAGAUAGGUUUAUCAUGAGUGCGGCUGUGCAUAUUUACAAGUAUGUGGGAAAGGAAACUGAAGCUAAAAGUAUCCUGGAUUCCAUGAAUAAUUUAGGGAUCCCAUUUUUGGGAAACCUCAAAGUUGGAUCCAAGAUGAAAGUCUCUUGAUCUUUAAGAGUAUCAUUUUAGCACGACACAUUGGAUUCUGAUAUUCAUUUCUCGUUGACACCUAGCUUGAUUCUUCUUUAGAAGAAGGCCAUUAAUUACCAGGAGGGUAAUUGAAUUUAAAACUGAAUUCUUGGCAGUGUGUGAUAUUUGUCACUGUGCUGACUUAAAGGAAUGAAUUCUGUCCUGGACAUUGUUGCUCAAUAUCGAGUAAGGAAGUGAUAUGUGGCUUUGAAAAAGUGAGCUAAAAGAAUGACUUGGUUGAAGUUGAGAUUGCGUCUCAAUCAUCCCCUCGUCACAAAGCAAUCAUCGGCAAUUGCAGGUCUCCUUUUUAAACUACCUUUACAACUAUAGUGGAACAGCAUCAGGUUUAGGUAGCUGAGUUUAUUGAUCUAUGCUAUUUGAGGGUCUUGCAGCUGAAUCAAAACACUCAAAAGAAAGCUAAGUGUCUUGCUUCAGUUCAUUCUAAGGUCUGAUGAAGAAAGAUUCUUUGUUGCCUCCUCCACAAACCUCUAGAGGUGAAUCAGAGCUGGCAGCCGCCCCUGCUUAAUAGAGGGAAGUUCUGGUUGCUGAUUUAAUAAAGUGAGGGGGAAGGGGUUAAAGUAAUAAAGGAAGGGUAAUGUAUCAAAAAACUAGUUU